GAGCGGCCUUCCCUUGAGGGGCGAUCCGAAGGGCUCUCACGGUGCGCGGGGGGCGGCGACCCGCGAGGUGCCCUUGGUCGUGCCCGUGUCGAGGCCCAGCCACGGGCCGUGCGCUUCCCCCCGGGAUCACCUCCCGGGGGCACCUGAGCUCUUCCACGGCUGGACCAGAGUGUGUAUCCGAACGCACUGCCGGCAGCGUGGGGCCUUCUGCUGGGGUAUAGCCUCACUCUAGAAUGGUGAAGGGUUUUUAGGGAAGGCGGGUGGUUAGGAUUUUGCAGUCAAAAUAUUAAUGCUGUCAUCUCCUGGUUAAACCCCGAAGUCCUUCGUGCGAUCAGAACUCACAAAACAGCCACUACCUUGUCUGGAACACGUGCGGAUGUUAGGGGAUGCCUGCAGGCAGAGUUGGCAGCAGCCGUCGAGGAAUUCUUGUAGUGCACGAUAAGGCAGAUUGGGUAACACCUGCAGCUGUGCUUUAAGGUGCUCCAGCAACAAACAUCAGGCUCACAUGCUCCGGAAAUUAAAGCUCCCAGAUAAAACAAUUUGACUCCGCCGUGAAUUAUUUGGCACCUCCCUUAAUACUCAUAAGUAAAAUGGCAAAAACAACUGAUCCUUCUGAGAAACUGAUUAUCCACUCCAAAGCUCACAAAGAUACCAUUCUAGCUAAUUUUGAGGAACAAAGAAAAAAGGAUUUUCUUUGUGACAUUACUCUGAUAGUGGAGAAUGUGCAAUUCAGAGCUCAUAAAGCUUUGCUGGCUGCCAGCAGUGAAUACUUCUCAAUGAUGUUUGUAAAUGAGGGUGAAAUAGGGCAAUCAAUAUACAUGUUGGAGGGAAUGGUUGCAGACACCUUUGGAGUUCUGCUAGAAUUUAUCUACACUGGUUGCCUCUGUGCCAGUGAGAAAAGCACAGAACAAAUCCUGGCUACUGCACAACUUCUGAAAGUGACUGACUUGGUGUGGGCCUGUACAGACUACCUGGAAAGUCGCAGCCCUGGUAGCACAUUGCCAGGUCCAUGUGAAAGUGGAGUCUCUGUUGUUGGAAGUGACAGGAAAAAAGAUGAUCCACCAAAGCGAAAACGGGGGCGACCAAGGAAAAUCAAGGUUGUCCAAGAAGAAGAAGAAGAAGAAGAAUUGGGAGCAAAUUCCACUGAAGAUGGGCAGCUGAGAGAGAACAACUCCGUGCAAAAUGAGCAAAAUUUUAUGAAAAAAGACACUGAAGUAGAAGAAACAGUCACUGCCAGUGAACAGGCUUCAGUGAGAAAAGAUGGAGAAGAAACUGAACCUGCUUGUGGAUCAGAGGCUGCUGUUGAUCUGUCAGCUGAGAAAGAUGAAAACUACGAUCCCAAAUCUGAAGGAAUACAGAGCACUCAGAGCCGUUACAGCAAACGUAGAAUAAGGAGAUCAAUCAAACUAAAAGAUUAUAAACUUCUUGGGGAUGAGGAUGAGAAAGGACUGGCAAAGAGAAGUGAUGGAAAGAGAAAACGUGCAGGUUCAGAAGCUCGCUGUAAAGACUGUGGCAAAGUAUUUAAGUAUAAUCACUUCUUGGCUAUUCACCAGCGAAGCCAUACAGGGGAGCGCCCUUUUAAGUGCAAUGAGUGUGGCAAAGGCUUUUCCCAGAAGCAUUCUCUACAAGUCCAUGAGCGGAUGCACACUGGGGAACGGCCAUACACAUGCACCAUUUGCAGUAAGGCUCUGACAACAAAGCAUUCUCUUCUGGAGCACAUGAGCCUACAUUCAGGACAGAAAGCUUUUACCUGUGAUCAGUGUGGGAAAUACUUCAGCCAAAAGAGACAGCUCAAGAGCCAUUAUCGACUACACACAGGCCGUUCACUGCCGGAAUGUAACCAGUGUCGUCGCAAAUUCAUGGAUGCAGCUCAGCUAAAGAAACAUCUAAGAACACAUACAGGUGAGAAGCCAUUCACUUGUGAGAUUUGUGGCAAGUCAUUUACAGCUAAAAGUUCACUUCAGACUCACAUUAGAAUUCACAGAGGAGAAAAGCCAUAUUCUUGUGAUAUAUGUGGAAAAUCCUUCUCUGAUUCCAGUGCUAAGAGAAGACACUGUAUCUUACACACAGGCAAAAAGCCUUUUGCCUGCCCAGAAUGUAGUUUGCAGUUUGCUCGUCUGGACAAUCUGAAGUCGCAUCUGAAAAUUCACAGCAAGGAAAAGCAGUUUCAGGAAGUCAGCACUGCCCCAAGCACCAACGCUCAUCCAGAAGAAGUGAGAAACAUUCUCCAGCUGCAGCAGUACCAACUUGCCACCUCGGGAGGGCAGGAAAUUCAGCUGCUGGUUACGGAUGCAGUACACAACAUCAACUUCAUGCCCAGCCACAAUCAAGGCAUCAGUAUUGUGACUGCAGAAAAUGCCCCCAGCAUGACAACAGAGCAGGCCGCGAACCUCGCGCUCCUUGCACAGCCUCCACAACAGCUGCAAAACUUGUUACUUUCAGCUCAGCAGGAGCAAGCAGAACAAAUCCAAAGUAUCAAUGUGAUUGCAAACCAAAUAGAGGCUGCCCAGUCUGAACAAAUGCAUGUCAUAACUCUUUCAAAGGAAGCACUAGAACAUCUCCAUGCUCAUCAAGGACAAAAUGAACAAAUCCACUUGGCGGAAUCUUCACAUCCAGCUCAGCACGUGCAGCUGGCUCAGGAAUCAAGCCAGCAGUCUCAUUCUAGCCACAAUACAGUUCCUUCCCAUCAAGUCAAUGAAGAACAGAAUCAAAGUGUACUAGUUUCUGAAUCCCAUCAGCAGCCUCUGUCAGUAAAUGGGUCAUCUCAUGAGCAUCCUAUCCAAGGACAGGCUUUCUGAAAUGCUUGUUUGUCAGCAGAGGGUGAGGACAGAGAAUGCUUCUCAUCUAGACAGGAAUUACAUGUGUCACACUUUUUUGGUUUUUUGCAAGAUAAGCUAUCCAAAGAUGCAUUUCUUGGUGAUUUUGGAUGAGUGACAGUUUUUGUAACCACAUUUAUUUUAGACUAUUUUGUUUUUCUGGACUGGUAUUUCUUUACCACUUAGUCCAUACCUCAGAAGCAAUUAAUGUGGGGUUUUGUGCCUCAUACACAUCUCUGCCUCCUGAGGAGAUAUUUAGCCCUUAUUUGCAUUGCUGUGUGACUCUCCAGAGAAGUUCAUCUUGCUGGUAGGAGAACAAUGUUUAGGACAUCUGCUGGUCACAGAGUACCGCUUCUCUGACAAACUUAACAUUAUACCUGAGCUGCUGUCAAGCUUAAAACAACCAGUACUUUUUGCAAAGCUAACACCAUAUGUCUUACGUUUAAUGAGCUUUCUCUCUGCAGGUUAAUGUAUAGUUCUCUAUAUAAUCAUUCCCUGAAGUGCAUUAUGAGUUUCUGACUACCAAAUUCAUUUGGUUUGGGUUGAAACUGUUGCAGCCUUUAACCAGCUCUGAAUCUUCCCUCCUGUUUACUGUGUGCUGUACACAUUUUGCUCCUCAGAAAGGUUUAAGCCAUUGCACUUGAAUAGUGGCAGAGAUGUGAUGGUUACACUGGAGAACUGAAACCCCCAAAUUCUGCUCUGUUAGUUCUACCACUCGCUCUCUAUGUGACUGUGGGCAAGGUAGUUGACCUCUGUGCCUUAUUUCAUCAUCUAGUAAGUGGGGAUAGUGUUCACACACCUCUGCCAAGCACUUUGAAGAGCUCUUGAUGUUAAAGGCACUGUCUACUGAAGGGCAAAACUCUCUUCCUGAAAGGAUUCUGUCUAAGCUUAGGAGCCACUGUAUAUUUAAAGUGUUAUUUUUUUGUACUUUUGAGAGAAGAACCUAAUCUUACUUUAAUAUAUGUUAAGACUGGUAAUUGUUUAUGUGAGGAUUCAAUGAAGAGCAUCACUUCAGAGCAUAACAAGUUACAUAAAUGGGGCACAUCACUUAAAGUUGUACAACUAUUUUUGUUGACUGAAUUAGAUGUGUACAGAUUGUUUUCAGUGACUGACUGCUAACAAAAAAAAAAGAUUUGACAUUGUAAUAAAAUGCCUUGCCAAAAUACAUGCUUUCUGUUUUCAGAUUUGACUACUGGUAACACCUUUGCAUGGUUGGACUGGUGUGUCAAAAUCCAGAUAAAAUGCCACUGUUACUUAAAAGAACAUGCUUAAUUGUCACUUCAGCUUUAAAAUGUCAUACUUGUGAUUUACAUUGAUAUUUUAUGUUAUAACAAAUGAAAAAUUCUAAAAAACAUGGUGAAUUUAAAAGCAAAAUUAUCCACAUUUUUUAUAAAAUCCCUUGUUCCAAGUCCUGACUACUUGGCCAGCUCCUGACUGCAUGCUGCAGAAGUUUAGCUAAGAUGUCUUCAAAGUACUGGAUCACUUAUAUAAAUGAAUCAUGAUAAGGGUAGACAUCUCAAAGAGGAUAAAAUCAUAAUGGGAAUAAAUCAAUGGAAAAAAGCCCCAAAUCAAAAAAGCAACAAGCCAUCCCACAGCAAAGGUGUUUAGGCUUUUCACCUUUCAGAAUGGAGAAAUAAAAUCCGCAUACUUUCUGCUACCAAAGUGAACCAGCAUAUUCUGCAGUUCUGCCUGAGAAGCUUGAAGUCUUGGUGUUGUAAGAGCAGAUAAAUAAAUACGGUAAAACCUGUUACAACACUUAUGACAAUCUUGCUGAUUAAUUGUAUAAGCUUAAAGUAAAUAUUCUGGCAAUUUCAUCCUAAAACUUCUGCUUUUAUCUAAAACAUUGUGCAGUGCAGCCAAAGUACUGUCUGGUCAUAAGUUUACAGGAACUUUUACAGAAUUAAUGGCCGUAUAUAUUUAUAAAUCCUGAAGUGCUUAAAAAGAGGUUACAAGCUAAAUUCUGAGGCUACCAGUAAAGGAAGUGUUCAAUACUUCUUUUUUGAACUUUGUUUUGUUUGUUAUGCAAUUAUCCUUGCAGGAUUCAGUUCCAUGCUGCAGUUAAACUCAGGACAUUUGCACAUAGUGAUUUCUCAGUGCUUUCCCUGUAACUAAAAGGCCUGAAGUUUGGUGUUUGGAAUCCUGUUUUGCUUUUCUGCAGAUUACCAGUGAAGAAAUGAGCUGCUGUAAAUAGCAGAGCAAUGACUAAUCUUGCACCCUGCAUUGCUUAAGCUGUCAGCACAUAUUGUAGCUUGCACUCAAGAAACUGGUGUGGCUUCUCAUAUCACAAAUGUUGCUUUUUGGACACCAUUUGCUUCCUUUCUAGUGAAUGCAUUUCUGUUAAAGAUGAAAAUUAAUCCUUUUUCUGUCUGUGCAUUUUUAAGGCUACAGCUGAAGUCCAGAAUUGCUUUGAAUUUUAAAGGAAACUCCUUUAGCUUUGUUUUUCAGUCCAGCUGCGACAAAUAAUGAUUUAGGAAAAAAAUACAUCCCUUAGAAACUAUGUUUCAGAACAUCUCUCUAAAUAUCUUUACUCCUUAGCCAGUAAACACCUUAAUGUUACUUUUUCUCAUGUAAACUAAUCCUAGCAAAUCCGUCUUGCUGCUUUCUAUGUUAAAAUGAGAUUAACAUAAAUGCAGGGCAGUAAGAGGACUACAGAAAGAUCCAGUUUUGUGAGCAUUUAACAUCGUUGUGUGUUUCCUCUGUUCAAUUUGUAAGUUACCCAGUGUAGCUGAACUCUAAUAAGAUUUCAGUUUUUUUUUUCCCCAAAUGCAAGUUUAUCAGAUUUUGUGUUUUUCUGAAGAUUUUGGUUGGUUCUCCAGGUGCAAGUUGAAACAAAUCCCUGAGAGGUAGAGCAAACACACUCUGGAGCCUGCAUUUGCCUGUUGUGUGUGUAAUUCCCCUGCUUGGCCUUCCAGUCCAUCAUCUCGGGUUUUGAUAAAUGAAUAUCAGAGUAUUUAUUUCAUAUGGGCUGUAAAUGCAAAUUACCCUGCCAAAAGGAAAAGAAAGUGCUUCUAGAGAUUGUACAGCAGUUUUCUCUUAGCAUCUAAGAGGAAAACGAGAGGACUCUACCCCAUCACAAACUUUUUCCAACUGAAUGCCUAUUCACAAGUUAAAAUUAAGGAUGUUGAGUGUGGUGUUGAUCUUGCCAGUUGCUGAGGAAAGAGUUUUCCUUGCAUUUCUUGUUUGUGAAAGACUUGUUUCUGUUAUAGCUGGUUAGUCAUCAUGAUGAAGGUCAUGGUUGGUGUUUGCUAAUACCUAUUCUGGUAUGCUUGAAUGUGGGUAUUUUCAGUGUUUUCCCACUUCAUCUUAAUUGUGAAAGCUAGUAUGGGAUUCAUUCCUAAUCACCAAACCAGUGCCUGUCUGAGCACAGCAGCUGGGUACAUUUCCUGUCUCCCCAUGUCUUCCAAGUGCAGAGACUCCCCCUGACAGUAUCCUGUGUAAGUAUCCUUAUCCCAGAGAAGCUGAGUCUGAGCUGGGAGUGGCUGGGGAGAGGCUAGUUUGCACAGCAGGCGUGCCCCAGAGAGCGGGAGCAGCCAAGGGUCCUUCCUGGGUACGCUUAUCUUCGCAUGGGCAGAAGUCCCAUCUGUGCAGGCCUUUUUUCCAGUCCUUCUGCACUGCAGGUUCUCACCAAGAGCAGAGGAGGGAGAGAUAACGCCAUAUUCUCCAGAGCUAUGACUCCAGGACCUCUUUUACUUCUUCAUUAGAGACUAAUUAAGGAGUCUGCUUCUUGCAGAGUUGCAGUCCCAUGAGCUACAACAGUUAUUUAUGUUCUAUCCCUUUUCAGAUCCUCUGUAAAACACGGUGAACAAUAAAUGGUUUUCCAGAGCAGAGGGACUACUGAUCAUAUCUGUCCCAAGCAAUUCUUCCAAAUGGAAAAAUCCAUCCAGGCAUAUGCUCAGAAUCCCACUGUAGUAUGCUUACUGUUCAUUUCUGGCUAAUAUUUUAAUCCUACCUAACUGAAAGUAUCUUUGGAAUAGCAGGAAGCAAACUUUUGCUUUAGUUAGCAAACUUCAUACCCUGUCCUGCAACAUGAGGAAGAACUUUCCUGUGUGAGUGACUGAGUGUACUGCAGCACAUUGCCCAGAGAAGUUGUGGACUCUCCCUCACUGGAGAUAUUCAGGAACUAUCUGGACACAAUCAUGUGCUCUGCGAUGACCCUGCUUGAGCAGGGAGGUUGGACCAGAUGACCCACUGUGGCCCCUUUGAACCUGACCCAUUCUGUGAUUCUGUGAUUUUACUUGCCCUUCACCAAAACGUCUCUUGGUGACCCCUAGCAGCUCUCAUUUAGUACCAUCAUGUGGGGGUCUCUCUCAAAUAUAUAUUUGUAUAUAUAUGUGUGUGUGUGUCUGUGUAUAAUUUUUUUUUAAUUAGUCUGCUUUCUCUUCUGUUUCACAGUCCUUUUCAGAUGCUAUUUUGGACUAAAAGGAACUGAAACAGCUGCAGCUGCACCAGGUGGAGAAGUAUGGACUAAGAAAACCCUCUAAGAAUCACACAGAAGCAAAACUCUUGGGUUUGUGUGAGGGUAUGUGUACACCCUUCAAAGGACUUCAAGUUUUCAAUAGCAGUACUUCACAACCUUUGAAAGGCUUUCAGGAUCAUUGUUUAAAGGUGCUGCACAACCUCGUGUGCUUUCCAUAUUUUCAUUCGUGGUAAUUGUUUUCCUCUCUGAACCGAAUGCAGCACAGCACAUCUGCCACAGCUGGCAAGGAGAACAACACUGGCUAAUCCAAUCUAACUAUUGCUACCCACAGAACAUUUAUCCUCAUCUGAGCACUACAGAUAGGCUGCAGAACAAUAUCAUGUUGUCAUAAACAGGUAAUAAAUAGAGUCUAAAAUUAAUAUUAGUCACCCAGUUCAGGAUUUUAAUAUAUGUCAUUUUCAUAAUUGGCAACACGUUGAAUAGAAUUUAAUGUACGUGAAUUACCAAGUGAUGAGAAAAGAAACGGAGAAAUAGAAAAAAGAGUAGAUUGAGACAACAAGUAAUUGGUGGUUCUUGGCAUGCUCUUUUUAUAAAAGAAACACCCAAUGUAAAUUUUCAGAAAACAGUCCUGUUAUGCUUGUUAGGUUAACCAUUGCCUUUCUUUUUGACUUGGACUCUCAGUUGACUAUUACCAGUAUAUUUAUAAUCAAUUACUUUUCUUUCCCACAAUGACAGUAAGAAUGCCUAGAGACUGUCAGUUAAAAAAUAAAAAAGUAAUUUUUUUUCAAAGAAAAGGGAUUAAUGGGAGCCAGCCCUAUGUAUGUGCAGAGUUAAAUUUCAAGAACAUAAUUUCUUGUGUGUAAAUUUAAGCACAUUUACAAAAUGUGGACAUCAAUCUCAGGUUGUUUUAAAAAUAAUAUGUAGUGGGUUGCUCUGGGUUUAAUCCUGAAAUGUUGUGGUGCAAAAAGGAGAAAAGAGAUGUUUCAAAACGCCCAGUAAGCUUCAGUUGUAUUAAUCUGUAUCAAGCUAAAAAUAAUGGAAGUAGGGAAGAUAGCCAAGACAAUAUUUUCUGAAGCUGAUUUUAUAUUUGAGUCUGGGUACGAUGCUUCUGCUCUGGACUUUACAUAAGGUUGCUAUAGAGAAAGCCAUAUGGUCUGGCUACCAAAAUUAGAUUCUGCUUAGCUUACAGCCUACAGAGGCUCCAGCAGCCGUGCUGCCAGCCUUUGAGAGGAGGGAGGAAAGGGCUUUCCUUUGCAUCACUCAGUCAGAGGCCACAAAACAUCCCUACAUUUGCAUGUGCUGCUUGCAGUUACCUACUGUCACACCUCAGCUCAUCUGCUGCUGCCCAGGACCUGGCUGUGAAUUAAAACUGCCUUGUCUUACCA